AUGCUGCUCUCGUCAUCUUCGGCAUCAUCGGCAUCAUCGUCGUUGUCAUCAUCGGCGGCGUCUUGCAAUGCAACGUCUUUGUAUGGUCGCACACCCAGACGUUUGUCAGCCAAUUACAACCACAAUAGCAAUCAUUUGUAUCAUCAGCCACAUCAUCUACAGCAGCAGCAUCAUCAUCAUUUGCAACAUCAUUCUACCAACUCGUUCAUGAUGACGUCUUUAAAUACACAUAGCAAACACAACAAUAGCAGCAGCAACAACAACUACAAUAACAACAAUAGCAACAACAACAAUAAUAAUAAUUCCAGUAAUCAAAACAACAAUAAUAAUAAUAACAACAACAACAGUAGCAGCAGCAACAACUCUAGAAAUCAUAUAGUUGAUCUUGUUACUGAUGAUGAUGAUGAUGUUGAAUUAUUAACAACUGGAACUACAGCUACAACAACCACAACCAUAACUUAUGAUCAUCAUGAAUUGUUAUAA